GCAACCCUAACCCCCCACGUGAGAGUUCGACCUGUGGCUAAAAAACAGCACGACAUGAUCAGCAGCAGCAGCAUCUAUGGUGGUGCAAUUUUCCUUUGCUGAAACAUAAAACUGUGAAGCCAAAAUCAAUAAUUGUUUAAUGAAACCUGGAUGGACGAGGCCUCAGUCACAACUGCACAUUUCUGAUCAGGAUUUUCUCAUCAUUUGCACUUGAUUUCAUAUUUUAUAGUUUAUUAUAUUAAAGCUGAAUUUAGUGUUGUUGGUAACAUUAUGAUGUCAACAAAUUGUGGAUUAAUAACAGGAAGUAAUGACACACUUAUACUCACUGUACAAAUGUGCUCGUUCAAAUUUUAGGUAUUUAAAAAAAAAGAUUUCUAGUUGUUUUCUGCAGGAAAUUGGUGCCACAUUUGUGCAGAACAAUGGUGAAUUGUUGUAAUUGAAAAUAGCCAUCCCACCCUGUGUGCAAGUGCAGCGGGUGUAGUUUUCUAAUGAAUAAUCAGGUUUGAUAGCACAAUGUGCUGUCUGUGCGCACACAGGGCUGAAGCUCCACUGUUACACAUUCUUGGUUUGUGUAGCAGUUAUUAGUUAGGCCUCAACCUUUCACCUUUGAUCUCUUUCUCACACAGUUAUUUGCUUCAUGUCAUGUGCUGUUUCCUACUUUCUCUUGCUGAUGCACUUGUGUGUGUUGGUUUUGCUCUUAUUGUAAAUGUCUGCAUGCUCAUUUCACUUUAGACUGCAUGUGUCCAUACUGUCAGACUUAAUGAAAAUCUAGAAUGUAGGCUAAUAAUGUUUCUUUUUGAGCCUCAGGUCAACACCUGAUAUACUGAUAUACUGUAGAAUUACAUAUAAGAUGUUUGCACAUAUUUUAAUAUGCACACUAUUUCUGCAGUUUUUUUUUUUAACUUUAAUUUAACUGACUGACUUAAAUUUAUGAGGGAUAUUGAAGAAUUCUCCUGCAAUGGUCAGCUGUUUUUUUUUUUUGAAAGAGAAUUAACUUUCUAGAGGAACAUAUGGGGACUGAUGGGGUGCAUGAGGAAGCCUAGGCGCAACCAUGCACAUCCUGGUUCCAUGUGUAAUGUAAAUCAUGUAGCUACUCAGAGGUUUGGUUUUUUUUCCCUCUAAAUCUAUUUGUUUGCUCCAGUCCUCGGCUUAAGAUCCGUCCCUGUGCAUCUGCUGUCUGCGCAGUGUUGCAGUGACAGUAGCAAUAAUCCCCCUCAUUAUACACAUAACGGAUUGUCUCACAUCCCCCAAUGCAGCUAAUAGGGACAGAGAGAGGAGAGAUAAUAGGAACAGAAGAAAAACUGCUUUACAAAUAGGCACCCCUUUACUCUGCCUUUAUUUAUCUAAAUACAGACGUCUCCCUCAAAUGAAUAGACAGAGCCAGUGUGCUGCGAGGGUAGCUGAGCUACUCCCAGUGGGACCGUAUAAAUAAAUUAUCCUGACACUUUCUAUCAGUCUGUAAUGUUUACCAUUAAAUGCUGUUUCACCAUCCCGGAGUCACCGGCGUGCGAUCCAGCCUGCCCCGUGGGACUCCUGCCAGAUGUGAGGCGAUGUGGGGAAAUAUUGUGCUUUUUACAUGCAGGGAGAAGGAGAGAGAGAGAGUGUCUGCCGUGCCCAUAUCAGUGGAUUUCUCCUGUCUGCAUGUCCUGACAAAAGGGGCCUCUUCAAACGAGAUCCAGGCAGGGUUGUCAUCUUUUAGCAAAUAUGUUAAGUGUUAUCUUUUGUGCUCUCGGCUCACCAAGCAGAGCCGGAACCCCGUGGGAGCAUGCAAAUAGAACAAAUCCCUCUCAGACCUGUCUGUUUCACUCUCUCAAUCUCCACCCCACCCCCUUCUUCUUUUCUCCACGUUUGCUCCACGGUGUGUCAGCCUGUCUUGUCUCUUUGCUCGCUCAUCUAUUUCCCUUUUUGUACACUUCUUUCCCCUCCACUUUCUCUCUCUCUCUCUCCCCCUCUCCAUCCUAGAAGACAGUGCUGCUGGGCCUGGGUGUCAGCUAAAGUGUAGCGAGGCUGUGUAAGUCUUUGUGUUUCCCUGCAUGCUUGCUGACAGCCCCUUCCUCGCUGAUCUUAAAGUUCCUUUCCCUGAGACGGCAGGCAGCUGUCAGUAGCACUGUUGCCCGGGACGUGUUUCUCCAUAGAUGAGCGGAUGUCAGUUCCUUAAAAUCCUCAACACUGUGAUCUACUCAGUCCUUCCCUCUUUCAUUGGUACACCGGCUGCUUUUUUUCCCUUUCAAAUGCUUAAAGAUGCAGUGGACCCCCGAGCACAGCCAGUGGGCUGAACAGCAUUUCGACAUUUCCUCCACCACGCGCUCACCAGCCCACAAGGCUGAGGCCUACAGAGCAGUGCCUGGCCACCUGCAGCGCUCUGCCACUUACCAGUACGCCUGGGCCAAUGACGACAUCUCAGCCCUGACUGCCUCCAACCUGCUCAAGAAGUAUGCUGAGAAGUAUUCUGGCAUUUUGGAGAUGCCAGGCUCAUAUUCUGAGGCCCCUGGUGUCCCAGGAGUGAUGAAUGGACGGAAAGGGGAAUCCGAACCCUGGCAGGAUGGUGUCUACCCCAUGAGCUGCAUCCCAGAGGGGGUUUCGGUCAGAAAAGGAGGAGUGGCGGCAGCUUCAGAGGUGGUGUCUGGCAUGUGCAGCUCCCCAGGCCUGGCCUCCAGCACCCUGAGUGAGCCCAGCUACUCCAGCAGCAGCUGUGGCAACCAUGCUGCCACCGCUCUCCACUCCUCCUCCAUACCCUCUCAGGAAUAUGGUCCUGCAUACAGCGGCUCCUACCUGCAUAGUAGUUACACCUCCCAGUCUGCCCCUGCCCCAGCUCUUCCCUCCCCACUGCACAGCGCUGGGCUCCUGCAGCCGCCCCCUCCACUGCCCUCUCACCCCACUUUAGUCCCAGCUUACAACGGAGGCUCCCCCAACUUGUCUAGUUAUAAUUACCCUCCGGCAGGCUACCCAGCUCAGAGCUCAGUCGGGCCAGGAUACAGCCCUGGAGGAGCACCACCUCCUUCUUCAUACCUCCCCUCAGGUAUUGCGGCACCUACACCCCUCCCCCCCUCUUCUUCUUUACCUGGAUACCCAUACCAGAGCCACAACCUGACCCCAAUCGCCCCCACCCCUCUCAACAGUAGCUCCUCCAACUUGCUGAAAAGGAAAGCCUUCUACAUGACAGGCCAAGGAGAAAUAGACUCCUCUUAUGGUAACUUUGGCUAUGGCCAGGCUCGGAGCUCAGCUGAGAGCCCCAUGUAUAGGGUAGCAGACAGCAGCAGUGCAAAUGGAGGUUCCAGCAGUGCCAGCAGUGGUGGGUUUGACAGGAGUGCAGAAAAGUCAUCCUUACCUUUCAAUCCUCAGAAGCCAUCAGAGCAGCAGCAGAGGAAGUACAGCAGCCAGGCAGCAGGUGGGCCACUGACUCCACCGGCCUAUGUCUCCUCCAGCCUGGGUGGUUCCCGCUCAGCAGACUCACUUGCCAGCUUCACCUCCCCCUCCCUAAGUGAGCAAGGUGCUGAUGAUCACCGUCUCCAUCUGUCCCACUCAGGAACAGGGCCUACCUCCUCCCCAUCCACUUCUUCUUCCCGGCCAGCUGAAGACCAGUUAAAAACUAGUGACCCCCACGUCCUAGACAUGGUUACCUCUGAAAUUGUUCGGCAGGGCCCCCCAGUGGAUUGGAGUGACAUUGCAGGUAUAGAACUGGCCAAAGCAACCCUGAAGGAGGAAGUCCUGUGGCCCAUUCUUCGCCCAGACAUGUUCAGCAGUUUAGGUCCAGCCCCACACUGCGUACUGCUGUUAGGUACUAGGGGCAGUGGCAGGACGUUGCUGGGUCGCUGCUUGGCCAGCCAGCUGGGGGCACCGUUCCUCCAGCUAAGUGGCUCUACACUGGCCACCAAGUGGCUGGCAGAAGGAGAAAAAAUUAUCAGAGCAUCCUUCCUGGUGGCACGCUGCCGGCAGCCCUCAGUACUGUUCAUUAGUGAGGUUGACAUGCUGCUGUCGGCCCACCUCAGUGAAGAGAGUCCCAUCAACCGUCUGAAAGGGGAGCUACUUGCUCAGUUGGACGCACUGCUUAUGGGCUCUGGCGAGGAUGGAGGAAGCCAAGUGUUGGUGGUUUGCUCCACAAGCAGACCCCAAGACAUGGACAAAGGGCUGUGUAGGUACUUUACUCGUAGGGUCCUGGUUCCCCUGCCAGAUAGCGCAGCUCGACACCAGAUCGUGAAUCAGCUCCUGGCCCAAUCUCAGCACAAAUACUGUUUGAGUGAGGAGGAGCUGGUGCUGCUGGUCCAGCGUACUGAAGGUUUCUCCGGACUGGAUCUGGCCAGACUCUGCCAGGAGGCCCUUGUAGGUCUGUUACAUGUCUCUGCACAGGGCAUAGACAUGACAGGGAUGAUGCCCAGGGGACAGAUCAGGCCAAUCACCUACCAGGACUUUGAGAAUGUCUUUUGUAAAUUCCAAGCCAGUAUAUCACAGAAAGAGAUUGACACAUGCACUGAGUGGAACAAAAUGUUUGGCUGCAGCCAGUGAAAACAUAGAUUCUGCCCUUGAGUAAAUGAGGCAUCCACAGUUGCUUCCCUAAGGGCAGAAGCAUUGUGCUGGAGGGAAAGGCACACAGAAGGCCAACACAAGCCUGCUGAAUUCUCACAAGCAGGUUUUAGAUGCACCAAGAGACCUGGUUUGAGGAGACAAAUGGCAGUUUUGCAGUUAAUGACCAAGAAUUUUAAUUUGGACAUUUGACACUCCAGAAGGCUAGGCAUUGCUUAUACAUUGCAAGCAAGUUGGCUUCAGAUGACAGAUGCCCCCAGUGUCUGUGUAUAUAUUGUUACAUUCCUGUUCUUGAAACUUAGUUUGGCUAUCCAAGUGCCUGAAGUGGUGCUUUCUGAUUUUCUUUUUUGGGUUAUUUGCCUCACAAUCUACAUCCAUAGCAUGAGCUGAUAUUUAUCAAGAGCUUUAAAAUUUCAGCGGUGAGGCACCUUUGCUGUUGGUAGUCAUUCUUUAAAAGCAGUUAUCCAUUAGGGUGGCAGUAGUUUGGGCCCUGAUACACACUCUUCCCUUCCGAUCCUGUGUCUGCAAAACAAACGUAACAAAUAAAACUCAGGAAAGCGUUUGUGAAUUGUACAGUACCUCAUGAUAUAUUGAAGAAAAGGACUAAGAUCUGAGAGGGGAAUCCAACAGUUUGGCAAAGCAGUGUUAGGUGUACCUCAGCUGGCUAGGAUAAAUAGCAAAGAAGUGACAGUGAAUGUACCAGAUAUGUUCUGGAUUGAUGGAACAUAAUCAAUGGUGAUGUGUUUUUUUCCUGCCAGCAGGUGCUUUAGUUACCUGUUUCUACUUGACCAGUCCUGAAGCUUAUUUCAUCACUGUAAAAAAUGUAAACCUUUUUCAGGUUUUAAUAGACAGGUGGUCAUAGGGGUGGUGGUGUUGUAUAUUUAUUAAAACAACCCUAAUCAGCAUUGUUUAUAUUAUGUGAUCUAGGUUAUAUGGUUAAGCUGCAUGGAGGCUCCAUCAGCUUGUCAGCUAACUUCUGCACAGACUAUCUCCAAUAGAUCAUUUGUCAUACUGUUUAGCAGCUGUAAUCUGUGAUGUGGAGAAACUUGAUGCUAAAAGCCAUUAAAUGAAUUAAAGGAAUCAUUUGACAUUUUAGGAAAUGCGCUUGCUUGCCAAGAGUUAGGUGUCUGCAUGAUAAAUAUGAAGUUAUUGCCAGUAGCCAGUUAGCUUGACUUAGCAUAUAAUGUGAAGCAGUGAGCCUGGCUCUGUCAGAACAUAGCAAAGAUCACCAAUUAAUAUUUUGUAUUUUGUUUGUAUAAUCCCUUUGUAAAAAUGUUUUAGUUUUACAGGGGAUUGUGCACUGCUAAGAUAACAGGCUGCUGGCUGUAGCCUUAUAUUGAAGAGUGGCAUCAACCUUGUACUCUCCGUAAGGGAAUACGCUACAGAGAAUAUGAAGUUGUUAUGAUGUGUUUAAUUUUGGGUAAUUGCACCACUCUGGGGGGAUCAUGCAUAGAAAUAUACACUACUUAAAUCUGUAAGUUAAUUAAAAGUUUUAAAAAAAUACUAUCCCAUACAGCUCCACACAGUAGCAGCUACAUUCAAACAGCCACUUUAUUGGUCAGUUUGAGCACAGACAGGACAUAAAUGGAUUCAUUUGCAGUGUUUGUGUCAUCUGCCAACAGCUGCUAGCUACUGUAGCUUUAGCUACCAAACUGAGAGCUGAGUUUAGGGAGCAGAGUCAUUUUUCAGUCUGUUGCUUUUGUCAAUGGGAUCUCUAGGCCCACUACAAGUCAGCUAACGUUAUCCAUUCUAAAUUACCACAGUUAGUAAAGUGAGAUUGUAAAGACUUAAGCAAAGUUUUAGCCAAAUAAAACAAGAAUGUAUGCAGGCAAAUAGUGCGUAUCUCCAACCAUGGUGUCCCCAUCCCAACAUUCAACAUGGCGUGACGUGCCUUCACAUUCUUUAUAUGAACAUUUGCUGAAAUGUCAAGCUAGUUUUUUUUUUUAUAUCACAGUAAAAUUCAACACAUUUCACUGUAUCUUUGUUUUACUUACUGUAUUGGACAAAAUAUCAAAAGAUUCAUCUGUUAUAUUCAAAGAAAGUUUGUUUUUAUUCCAGUAAACUAGCAUCAAGGGAGCUAAUUCCAGAUAUCCUCCAAGUUUUUAAGAUGGACUGAUAGAUAUCAUAACCUAGACAUGGAUUUAACAGAGCUGCAUUGUUACCACACUUGUAUUUGAACUGGAUUAGCUAUAGAAUGGGACACCACUCCUGUAAUUCAGUUUAGAUAAGGUCAUUAUUCUAGUAUAUAUUUUAUGUCCAAGUGUAGAAAGUAGAAAAUCAAGAGCAAAUUACUGUUUUUGCCAGAGGUCAAGAGGUUAGUUGAUAAUUAUCACUGGCUGACAUCUCUGUAAUGCAGUUAGUAUUGUUGUUGCCGUAAACCAUAUUACUGUCCAACCAAUUAACACAACAGAAAAUUAGACUAUUUCAAUAAAGCUAGUAAGAAAAUAGUCAGAAAAUCAUUUUUAAUGAAAAGAUGUUUCAUUUAGAAUGGCCACCCAACACUAAUUAAUCCAGUUCAAACCUGUAACUGUGCUGUAAGUUUUAUUUUUCACUGUAUUUACACAGAUGCUAUGAAGCACAUAAUCUAAGUGCAUUUGGAUACAUACUUCAGUUUACUGAAAAGCUUUGUAACAUGAGUGGGGAGUUUUGGCACUAGCCUUAAAGUCCUUCAUCCCUGAAGGUUAUCUGUAGCCCAUUGUAUUGAAUUGGAAUGUACUUUUGUCUCAUGCUUGUCACUGUGUGAAGCUGUCCUUUAGCUCUACUCUUGUGGCAUGGGAGUACUUAAGAUAGUUUUUUGUAUGUGCACUAAAGCAUUUUUGUGUGUAAUAUUGUUUUGUUGAAAUGUCUCAUUGCCAUUGCCAGCACUUACUAUGUUUUUAUGUCAGUCUUGCAUUUAUCCUGGAGGAGAUUUCGUUUUUUGACUAUAUAGUGUAUAGAAAGAUGGACAACGUGACACAGAGUCCUGCAUGGGUCUAGUUUUGCAAACCCACACUCGCCUCUCACACACAUAGCUCGAUAUCGGACCUGACUGUUUAUGUGCAGUUUUCUAUAAAUAAAAUCCAGACCUAACCUGUACCCGUAAUUAAAAUAGACUUUAAGCUACACAGUCACUUACUUUAAAGUGCUUAAGAGUUGAGUUCUUGGAAAUGUAUCUGUCAAUUGACACAGCACCCGCCCUCCUGCAGCUACUUCCUUGGUGACAAAGUGCCUACCUUGCAGCUAUCAAAUAAUAACACUUUCUAGCACUUUUUACAAGCAGCAAAGCUACUGAUAAUGUUCUACUGCAGGGGUGUCAAAUUCAAUCACACAAGGGGCCGAAAAAUAAACCACAGUCUAAGUUGCGGGCCAAACAGGAUUAACAUUUAUUAAACAGUCUAAAAUGGUUUAACCAGAAAUAUGAAUUUGAACAGCUUUUUCCUCAAUAAAAUAAAUUUGAAAUAUUUUUUCUUCAACAAUAACAUCAAGCAAAAUAAGAAUAUUGCUACACAUACAAAGUACUGCAUCAUUUUUUGCUGUAGCUUUUUUGAACAUUUCCUGCUGCAAUUAGUCUGUCUUUUAAUUCUUUAACAAUUUGUUGUUUUUCUUGGAGGCUAAAUCUCCGUGUUUGGUCUCAAAAUGCCAACGCAUACUGUACUCCUUCACCACAGACACCGCCUCAUGAUACAAAAGACAUACCAUUUUUUUUCCUUGAAGCAGAAGCAUAUAUUUGCUUUCCCAGAUUUCGUUAAAUUGCCUUCCUUCUGCAUCAACGUUUAUCUUCUUGGACAUUUUGGGAUUAAUUGUUGGUAUUUCUCAUUUCUACUUGUUGGGAAAUUGCUGGUUAAAUGCUGAAGGCAAAACACUGCAAUCUAGUGGCAGAAUGCCAAUACUUCGCAGGUCCCGAAAUCAACGUACAUUGUGAGAGAUGUAAAGGUCAGUGUACAUUUUUGAUUAGUAUAGGCUUUCAUUUUAAGACAACCAUAUGGUUGUCUUAAAAUAAAAGCUUAAAAUGUAUAUACAUUUUAAGCUUUCGAGGGCCAUAUAAAAUGAUCCGGCGGGCUGGAUCUGGCCCGCAGGCCUUGAGUUUGACGUGUUCUGCUGUAUGUAACCACAACAAAUUACUCCCAUAACUCAGACCUGGCCUUCAGUGAUAUAUUUUCCACAAUUGUGUAUGCACCACUAGCUAUUUUUACUUUUAAAUUAUCCGGUUUGAUCCAAUGACACCUAGCCUACAUUGAUGUCUGAGUGAUAUCCUUUUAGAGGCGUGUAAUAUUGAGUUGAGGGGUCAAAGGUUGUGCCAUAGGCCUUCACAAAAAUGUACUGUUUAUAUAGGCUUGGUAAAAUUUUGCUGGAUAAAAUGGUGGCUGGUCCCUGGAAAGGUUAUAAACCCCACCCCCUCCAUGUUAGCAGAUGGAACAUGAGCCAAACUAAAAAUUCAAAGCACAAAUCAAAGUUUUCCCAAAGGUGAUUACUGUUGUUUUUAGUAGAUAUUACUACACUGAUUUAGUUUGUGUACACGUGGGCAUUCUUCUGUUACUGUGUGUUUGCUUUUGUUGGUGAUUUAAAAAAGGGUGCAUUUCAGGUGGUCUGACAGCUUUGAUUGGCAGUCUAAUACCGCAGCUCCACCUCUGGUCUAUCUUGUGCAGGAUCUGGUUGCAAAAUGCAUCACAAAAUCAAGAUGGCUGCCCUUGUAUUUUCAUAUUUUGGCUUCACUUUUGCAGUGUCAGGAACUAGUGAUGUGUCGUCCAUUUUUUUGUACAGUCUACAGUUUGAAACAAUGAUCAGUUUUAGACUAAUUCAUCCUGCAUUUUAUAUCACCAUACAGGUACUCUGUGCUGCUAUGUCUGGUCUUGGCACUAUCAGUGCAGCACCUGAUGUUGUUGGUGGUGGGGUGGGGGUGGGGACUUCUGCUGAGCAUCAGCAAAAUUGACAGCCAGGCAGUGUGGCAGCAAAACAAGGGGAAAGCAGAGUGGUCCGUCAGAAAACCACCCUCAAAACUAUCUCCCCCAGAAUUCCUUCUGUCAGCAAAUCCUCUGGAGAGAGAGUCCCUCUAGACAGAAAAACUACUAAUGCACUUCAGAGCACACAACAACAGCACA